AUUGUUGGAGGAGCUAAGGUCAGAAGAAUGUCAUUGCCAUUUCUACACUGUAGCUUUGUGCAUAUGACAAUAAAAUCUUUGAAUCUUGAAAUGUAAUCCAACUACCAUCAACUCUAAAGAAUCCAGGAAGUGACUGCAUCACAGACUGUAUUUUUUUCACAAAUUAAACAAAUCAGCUUUGUUCAAUGCGGUGCUGGUGCAGGAACUGUUCUCUUAUCUGUAAAGCACAAUGCCUGACCUGCCGUCAGUGCCCUGUUGGCAUAUCUGGGACCUGUCUCUCUGGAAAGGACCUCCAAUGUGGUGCAAAUGCAAAAAACCACAAUGCCUUACCUGCCGUCAGUGCCCUAUUGGCACAUCUGCGACCUGUCUCUCUGGAAAGGACAUCCAAUGUGCUGCAAAUGAGCUCUGCUUUCAAGGGGAACUAAGGUUCAAUGGGACAGAACAGGUAUCCCUGCACAAACGCGGCUGCCUGAGCAGCACUCUGUGUGGGACACUACUGGACAGCAACUUGCUCGGUGAAGGAUUCACUGCGUUCCUCCAGUGUUGUGCAUUUAACCUGUGUAACGGAGCUGCGUCUGUCCAGCUGUCUGUGACUGCAGCCCUCUCUGCCGCCAUGCUGUCCUCUCUGUGGGGCUUGUUGUAGUUGUACAUUACCUGUUUGUUUCUACAGCAGUCCCCUGAGAAGAUAUGUUCACUUUUUGCACUUAUUAUGAUAUGAAGUGAUCAUUAUAAAUCAGAAUACUUUAUUAUUUACUUUGAUUUGUCCUAUCUACUAUGUAUUCAAAAGAUCAUUUUCCAACCUAUGAAGCAUCAAUAAAAAGCAUCACUAUGAUAUGU